ACGUCAAUGUAGCGGAUCAAUGACAAAAGAGGGCUGUGUGGUAGUGCCCCCCUAAACAUGUCUGUUUUCCCCGGGGUUGCAUGCUCCGUAUGACCCGGGAUGGGACUCUCUCCGCCGCCUAAAUCAGCGAUUUAGUUCACUGAAGCGACGGAGCUGGAGCGUUAAAACAAACAGAGGCUAACGGGCUGUUUAUUUAUUCAAGAGAAGAUGGCGGAGUUCUCGCCCGUCCUGCCGAUGCGGGAUGGAGGAGGACGAUUUGCCCAGCCCAUCUUCCCUCGGUCCAGGUCCGGUUCCGAGUCAGAGAGUGAACUGUCCCAGAGUCUGGCCCGGACCAAGAUCCGCUCGUACGGCAGCACAGCCAGCGUCACGGCCUCCCUGGGGGAGAAAUACAUAGAGCAUCGGGUUACAGACAGCGAUACUCUGCAAGGGAUUGCUCUCAAAUACGGUGUCACGAUGGAGCAGAUCAAGAGAGCCAAUAAGCUGUUCAGCAAUGACUGCAUCUUCCUGAGGAACAGCCUCAACAUCCCCGUGGUGUCAGAGAAGCGCUCCAUAUUUAAUGGACUGUCUCUCGAGUCUCCUGAUGGGGAUGGUGACACGGCUUGCCAGGAGGCAGACGCACCUUGUAUUAUCACGCAGGAUAUCGAGGGACCCUCGCCGCCCCCUUCCCCGCCCCGUGAGCACUCCAAACCUGCCCAGCCUCAGCCUCAGCCAGAGGAGCUGUCAGCCAAAGACUUCUUACACAGACUGGACUUGCAAAUUAAACAGUCAAAGCAGGCUGCGCGCAGACUGAAAGAAGAAGAAGAAGUGAGGAGCAGCGAGGAGAAUUACGCGGCCCCCACAACAUCAUACCAGGAGAUCUAAAGAGCAACUUGUUUACCCAAAGUCUCGGACACGCUUGCCCAUGGACACAAACACUACCGCAGCCUCAUCGCUUUUUUCUUUUUACCUUUUCAUGUUUACUGAACUGCGUUUAGCAAGUGUCAUUUCUGCCUUUUUAUUUAUUGAAAUGCAGUUCUUAUGAUGUACAUUACAAGCCCAUUUCCAAGAGAGCUGCUGUGCUGUGUGAAAUGUAAAUAUUAACUGUUUAAUUGAAAACAUGUCGUAGAAGCUCAGUGCGAUUCAUGCCAAGAACUGAUUCAUGGUGAAACUGCUAACUGCUGUUCAUCCAUCCUUUUUCUUUCACUUACCCAGUAAAGAGUCACAAGGGGGUGGAGCCUGUCCUGGUGGUCAUAGGUCAAAAGGCAACACACAUCCUGGAUAUGUUGCCACUUUAUCACAGGGCAACCGUUCCCACUCCCACCUAUAGUUAAUUUAGACUUGCCACUAUCAGAAGCGAAGAUGUGGAUGUGUUGCUCAUAUCUACGGAAGCUCGUUUCUGCCAGAGGAAAAAGUUUUUCAAUCCACAAGUCAUCAUUUCAAAGUCAUUUCAAAAUUUCAAGGUAGGCAUCUGAGAAACUGUGACAGAAACAAGCUUCCUAUAGAUCUGCCGCUACACAGGGAAGGUCCAAGCAAGACAAGGCCAGACCACUUUUUUGCACAUAUUCCAGCAGCGUGGCUCUGGAGAGUCUGGGUGCUAAACACCCACUGAAAGCUCGUGACACAUUACAAAAACCAAAUCUCACAACAGACGCUCCAGACUGUUCCGUUAAGAAAAGGAGGUGAUAUAACACAGUAGUGAGAGACGUGCGCCUGACUCAGCACUUUGGCAUCCAAUUCAUAAACGAUAAUUUAUUCUUGUUAAAACAAUAAUGUUUUCAAAUUCGUCAUGCUGUGUUCAUGAUACGUCUAGAUAAAUCUAGGGUUUAAAUAUGUGUAUUUUUUUAAAUUUCCAUUUUACAUGGCACAUCUCCUUCUUCUGGAAGUAGGUUUGAGGGUAUUUUUUUUGUAGUUUCACCAAGUAGCUCACAUCUCAUCUGGAGGAGCAUCUGAGCACACGUGCCCGUCCACAUAUGAUAUGCUUGCAAAGCUGCUGUACAGAACCUACCUGCUGCAUAUGUUCAGAUACAAUCUCACAAACACACACAGGGCGCUAAGCAAUGCCAGAAGGAUUAGCCUGUUAACUUGCUAACCGCUUCUGAUGUUCUAAAUCUCCUCCUAGAAUAGGAUCGUCGGAAAGUAUAUUCAGGCCUUCCUCAUCAGUGUUUACUCGGUACGAGCUCACCCCACACGGAGGCGGCGGAUGGACUCAAGCCUUUGAACGCAGUUCCAUUUGCCCUGUUUGAGAACAAAUGGGACUGCUCUUAUUAUUAUUUUGUUUUGUGAGUGUGAUUGCAUUAUUUAUGUGUGGAGAACUGUCUGUAUCAACUGUUUUAUUGUGCUUUUAAGUUCUAUUGGGUUUUAUUUGGACAGAAUAAAUGCAUAUUUAAGCAAAUAUUAAGAUCAAGAGGGUUUUUUUUCCUUCCAGUGCUGCUUCUUCAUCACAGUCGAGCACAGUCGAGUAAAGAAAAGGCAAUGUUUUAAUUGCUUUUACAACUUUAGGAAAAAAUCACAAAUAUUUACAUUUAAAAAUACUUCAUCUGUUUUUCCUCUACAGAGAUAGAAAUGUUGAACUCAAAAGACAUGCAGAGAGAACUGAUUGAGUCAGACACCGCCCCCUAUUGGGCUCUGGAGGGAUUACAACAGAACAGGCGUACAUAGGGCACUGACAUACACAACAAA